GUCCAGGGGUGCAGCAAUAAAAAACAGACCCUAGAUUAAAAGGCAGAAUCUCUGCAACAUCGCUGCGUCCCAAAUCCCAUUCUCCCCGAUCGGAGUCAUAUGCGUGUGCAUACGGUAUAUGUAUUGCUGGCAUUAAUUGACGGUUAACAUUGUGGCUUCGUCAGCGCGAUGAGGUACGACCUCACGACCUGAUUAAUUUACAUUUCUGAAUAACGCUUUUAUGAUGCGUCACGCGAAAAUGAGCCUGGUGUUGCAUCACUUUGCGGAACAACUCGAGAGUCCCGUGACCCCCCGGAUUCACGCCGAUUGAACGCCGAUCAUGCCGACGGUAUCGCGGAAGGAGGCGUGAGAGGAAGUACAAGAAUUGCAACGAUCGGUCCCGAUGGAGAGGAAUUACAAGUGAGCCGCUAAUCGCGUUGGACACGUAGGCGUGUGAACGCGAGGGAACGUCGGUCGGCGUCGCCGCGAUGAGCGCCGCACACAGCUGCUCCCUGCGAGGAUACAAGCAUCUCGGCUCUUUGUCGAGUCACUUUCACGUCCUGCGCCUUCCCUUGCAUUAAUCCAAACAUGUUCUCGCUCGUGUACGACUUGUGGCCGAUGGUGGAAGGUGUCGUAGUUCAGUACAUUGACUUGGACUUUACAUUGUGGCUGACAUGGCUCCUAAUGCCACUUCUCGUAACAUUUCUACUCCCGCUUGUAAUUGCGCUGCUGCUGUACUUAAACGCCUUAAUGUUGUACAUCUAUAAGUUACACAGGGUGAGAUUGAGAAAUGCCUAUGGCACUCCAUGGCGAGAAGCAGCUCUUCACAUGAUGGCAGCUGUCUGGGAUGCGCAUGGUUGGAUCUGGCAUGGAUACGAGAUUGUGGGCUUAGAGAAUAUUCCAGAGGACGAACCAGUAUUGUUUAUAUAUUACCACGGAGCUAUCCCUAUCGAUAUUUAUUACUUUGCAUCCAAAGUGUUUCUGUACAAAUCAAAACUAAUCCGCCUGGUGGUGGAUCGAUUUCUCUUCAUGAUCCCCGGCUGGUCCAUAUUCGCUGAUGUCAUAAAAAUUAUACCUGGCACAGUUCAGUCGUGCUCGACUAUUUUAAGAGAGGGAAAUAUGCUCGCCAUCUCCCCGGGUGGCGUGUACGAGGCGCAGUUUGGGGAUUCCUACUACGAACUUUUGUGGAAGAAGAGGCUGGGCUUUGCGAAGGUCGCCCUCGAUGCGAAAGUGAGUAUAGUUCCCUUAUUCACGAGAAAUCUCAGAGAGGCAUUUAGGGCAGUGAGUUGGGGAAGAAGAAUAUGGCUGAAGAUUUAUGCCAAGACGAAACUUCCUCUUGUACCGGUUUACGGUGGAUUCCCGGUAAAGUUGGUGACGUAUAUAGGUAAACCGAUUCCAUACGAUGAGACUCUUACUCCCGAAGAAUUGCAGACGAAGGUUGCUGAUAAUCUUCGAGAUUUAAUAAGAACCCAUCAAAAGGUACCUGGUAACAUCACCCGGGCUUUGGUGGAAAGAAUACGUAAUACAGAGAGGUAUAAGGAUUAACAUGAUAUAAUCUGUUUUGACGUACUUAAGACGCAAUAAUUUCAGCGGUUAUUUUAAUGUAAAACUUGCUCUCUUUUUGGGCGAGUAAUAUAAAAAGAAUAUAAUAAAGCCGUUUCACUCGUUAGAAA